AUUUCAUUGAAAACCAGAAACAGAAAGGCUUCUUUAAAAACUCGCUAACGUUCUCUAGAAAGGACGAGAUACCAAGAGCAAGUGAUUAUCAGAGAGAGAGGGAGGGAGAACUUUUACGCGAUGGCUAGCUCAUUGAGAGCACGCGGGUCUCUGGUGGUACUAGCAAUCAUCUUCUUCGGAUGUCUCGUUGCAAUUUCCAUUGCAAAGGAAGAAGCCACCAAAUUGGGAACAGUCAUUGGGAUAGAUCUUGGUACAACUUACUCCUGUGUCGGUGUAUACAAAAAUGGUCAUGUUGAAAUCAUAGCCAAUGACCAGGGAAACCGUAUUACCCCAUCAUGGGUAGCUUUCACUGACAGUGAGAGACUGAUUGGUGAGGCAGCAAAGAACCAGGCGGCUGUCAAUCCUGAGAGGACCAUCUUUGACGUGAAAAGGCUUAUUGGAAGAAAGUUCGAGGAUAAAGAAGUUCAAAGGGAUAUGAAGCUUGUUCCUUAUAAGAUUGUGAACAAGGAUGGCAAGCCUUACAUUCAGGUUAAGAUAAAGGAUGGGGAGACCAAGGUCUUUAGCCCAGAGGAGAUUAGCGCUAUGAUUCUUACUAAGAUGAAGGAGACAGCUGAAGCAUUCCUUGGGAAGAAAAUAAAGGAUGCUGUUGUUACAGUUCCUGCAUACUUUAAUGAUGCCCAGAGGCAAGCCACCAAGGAUGCUGGUAUAAUUGCAGGGCUUAAUGUUGCAAGAAUUAUUAAUGAACCAACUGCGGCAGCCAUUGCCUAUGGUUUGGACAAGAAGGGUGGUGAGAAAAACAUUCUUGUCUUUGACCUUGGUGGUGGGACAUUUGAUGUCAGUAUCCUGACAAUUGACAAUGGUGUUUUUGAGGUGCUUUCAACAAAUGGAGACACUCACUUGGGAGGUGAGGACUUUGACCAGAGGAUCAUGGAAUACUUCAUUAAAUUGAUCAAGAAAAAGCAUGGAAAGGAUAUCAGCAAGGACAACCGGGCACUUGGGAAGCUCAGGAGAGAAUGUGAGCGUGCCAAGAGAGCUUUGAGUAGCCAGCACCAGGUCCGCGUGGAGAUUGAGUCACUUGUUGAUGGUAUUGAUUUCUCUGAACCUCUCACCAGAGCAAGGUUCGAGGAGUUGAACAAUGAUUUAUUCAGGAAGACCAUGGGACCUGUGAAGAAAGCCAUGGAAGAUGCUGGUCUGGAGAAAAACCAGAUUGAUGAAAUUGUUCUUGUUGGUGGAAGCACCAGAAUUCCCAAGGUUCAACAGCUCCUUAGGGACUACUUUGAUGGAAAAGAGCCAAACAAGGGUGUGAACCCUGAUGAGGCAGUUGCAUAUGGUGCUGCUGUCCAAGGAGGCAUUUUAAGUGGAGAGGGUGGUGAUGAAACCAAAGAUAUUCUUCUGCUAGACGUUGCACCCCUCACUCUGGGUAUUGAAACUGUUGGUGGAGUGAUGACUAAGUUGAUUCCAAGAAACACCGUUAUCCCAACCAAGAAAUCUCAAGUCUUUACCACUUACCAGGAUCAGCAGUCCACUGUCUCCAUUCAGGUAUUCGAAGGUGAAAGGAGUCUCACAAAAGAUUGUAGGUUGCUUGGAAAAUUUGAUUUAACUGGAAUUCCUCCAGCCCCAAGGGGAACCCCUCAAAUUGAGGUCACAUUUGAAGUUGAUGCAAAUGGUAUCCUAAAUGUCAAGGCAGAAGACAAGGGCACUGGAAAAUCAGAGAAGAUCACCAUCACCAACGACAAGGGUCGGCUCAGCCAGGAGGAGAUUGAGCGAAUGGUUCGUGAGGCAGAAGAGUUUGCCGAGGAAGACAAGAAGGUGAAAGAGAAGAUUGAUGCCCGUAAUGGACUGGAAACUUAUGUGUACAACAUGAAGAACCAGAUCAAUGACAAAGACAAGCUUGCUGACAAGCUUGAGUCUGAUGAGAAAGAAAAAAUUGAAACAGCUGUGAAGGAGGCCCUUGAAUGGUUGGACGAUAACCAGAAUGCGGAGAAAGAAGACUAUGAUGAGAAGCUCAAGGAAGUAGAAGCCGUUUGCAACCCCAUCAUCACGGCUGUCUACCAAAGAUCUGGUGGAGCUCCAGGAGGUGGAGCAGCUGAUGAAGACGAAUCCCAUGAUGAACUCUAAGUCCUUUUGACUAAUGAAAAAAGAAAAAUUGACCACUGCCGGGAGAGCAGGAGCCAGAAAACGAGGAUAUAGACUAGGGUAAGUUGAGGAUACUGUAAUUUUUCUUGAUGGGGUAGAAGUUAAAGGGAGAAGAGUAUCCCUUUCUUCUAAUGUUUUUUUUUUUUUUUUUUGGGUCGAAAAUACUUAUCCUUUUUUCUUAAUUUUACUAGUUGUAUUUUCUUUUGAUAUGUUAGAAUGAACAAUUUGUCAAUUCCCUUGUGGGUCUAUGAAUCAAUCUUUGAUGGUUGAAUA